UUUCCGUUUUCGUCCUCUACGCCUUAUUUACAUUCGUCUUUUGUCUUUUUACACUCGUUUUUUCCACAACAGCUGUUCUUCUUUCUCCAAAAACCAGCAAACAUGCGUGUCUCCGCCAUUACUUCCGUUCUUUCUCUUGCCGGGUACGCCGCUGCGAUUGGUUCGCUCGGUUUCGACCUCGGCGUCCAGCGCAACAGCGACUCUGCUUGCAAAACCUCGGAUGACUACAUCUCCGACUUUGAGACCAUCUCCGGCUACACCAACAUCGUCCGUGUCUAUGCCUCGUCGGACUGCAACACUCUCGAGAACAUCAUCCCUGCGCUCAAGGAGAAGGACUUCAAGCUUUUCCUCGGCGUCUGGGCCACCGACGACACCCACUAUGCGGAAGAGAAGACCGCUCUGUCGACCUACCUCCCCACCAUUGAUGCGUCCUACAUCGCCGGUAUCACUGUUGGUUCCGAGGCCCUUUACCGUGGCGACCUCAGCGCCUCUGACCUCGUUACGCGUAUCAACGAGGUUCGCGAGCUCGUCCAGGAUAUCGAUGGCUACUCUAGCACGCCUGUCGGCACCGUUGACUCCUGGGAGAUUUUGAUCGACGGAGCCAACUCCGAUGUCAUCACAAACUCUGACAUCGUCUUCGCCAACGCUUUCUCGUACUGGCAGGGUCAGACUAUGGCCAACUCCUCCUACUCCUUCUUCGACGAUAUCAUGCAGGCCCUGCAGGUCAUCCAGACCACCAAGGGUUCCACUGAUAUCACCUUCUGGGUUGGUGAGACUGGUUGGGCUACUGAUGGUGGCAGCUACGAGAACGCCGACCCCACCGUCGACAACGCUGCUCAGUUCUGGCAGGAGAGUAUCUGCGGAAUCCGCGCCUGGGGAGUCAACACCCUUGUCUUCGAGGCCUUCGAUGAGUCGUGGAAGCCCGUCACCUCCGGUGUCAGCGGUGUUGAGACUCACUGGGGUGUCUGGACUGACGACGGCACCGACCCCAAGUACUCGCUCGAGUGCACCUUUGACUAAGCUCUGGUGGAAUUCUCAAGAUUAUAACGGAUUUUUAUGAGAUUGAAUGCAAUCUUCUACGAAACGAAAAAUGAGAUGUUGCGAGAUACACGUUUAGAAGAAAAUGAACGUUUAUAUACAAUUUUAUGCUACUGGUUGUCAUUAUUUAUCUAAAGUCUUGUGUCUGGGUUUUCUUUUCAAUAUCUCUAAUUACGUAUUUUCAUGUCUUUUGUCAAUAUACCUGCUCUAUAUAAGUUGUCUAACAGCGCUCCUAGUGCGCUAUUAUUUCACAUAAAAUACAAAAUAGUGUUCAGACAGCCUGCCAGUUAACAAUAAUAUUAAAAGGCUGUUCGCUAUCCAUUAUGUUGGUACAAUUCUAUUGCGA